AUGAGGCUUGCUCUGGCGGGUCUCAUGGUGGCAGUCUUGCGGACAGGGUGUGCGUUUUGCCUGCACACUGGACACCUGAAUUGCAACAGCGACGGCAAAGGCAGUGUCACUCACUGCGUUGGCCUCACCCGCAGAGGCGUGUAUGGCCGCGCGAAGGCACUCUCACGAUCAAAGACGCGGCGACGAAUGCUUCGAGCAAGCUGGGCCGAAGAACGUCUGUCCGGCCACGCCCGUCGAAUCGACAAUGCCCUCGAACAUGUACCUGAGCAUGAGCAUGAGCAUCGGGACGCAACGGUCGUGGCUGGACCCUUGGUGAGACGUCGAAGCCGCCGCGUUUUCGAAACAGGGAACAUGGGAAUGGCUACGGUCGUGGAGGGCGACCGACCUCCGGUGAUGCCGUCCGUGGGCAUCAGCAUGGCGGGAGCAUUGCCGUACCCAUCUUCCGCCGCUGUCUACUCGAUUUCCAUGCACACGGCUCAGGGGCCCGCCAAACCGAAAAUGCAGCUUUUGUACACCAACGACAAAGUCGCGAACGCCUCAGAGACCAGUGAUUUGGAAGUAUGUCCCGAGGAUAGCAAUAUAUUAGUCGACGCCGCAAGUCUCGUAUCACCGUUGUGGUGUCAAGUUCGUCGUUGCAGGCCCAGAAGGCGCUCUUGCACAACCCAAUUCUUGUCUCCCGCCGGCGGAGGAAUGCUGUAUUCCACAUCUCCUGUGAUGUUCCACAUCUACUGGAACGUUUCCAUGUCUACGUUUCUAUCGUUGAAGCGGUUUCGACUCUUCUCGUAA